AACUCCCGUGAGGUGUCUUCCUCUGCGCUCCUUCUACUCCCCUCGGCACCUGUCCUCUUCUCCUCCUCCCGACAAGUCCGUCCACAUCACCUUUUUGCAUCACAAUGUCUGCUCUUGAGGAGAAGUCUCAGGCCGCCGACGCACCGGCCGAUGAAACCGAGGACACCCGCUCGGUGCACCUCGUCUCGCAGGAGGGCGAGAGCUUCGACAUCAAGGUCAGCGUGGCGAAGAUGAGCAACCUUGUGAAGACUAUGAUCGACGAGGACGCAGAAGAGGACGGCGACGCACAAGAGAUCCCGUUGCCGAACGUGAAGGCCUCGGUUCUGUCGAAGGUGAUCGAGUUCUGCGCGCACUACAAGGAGGACCCGAUGAACGAGAUCGAGAAGCCCUUGAAGAGCGCGAACAUGCACGACGUGGUGCAGGAGUGGUACGCCAAGUUUGUUGAGGUGCAGCAGGAGACGUUGUUCGAGCUCAUCCUGGCGGCAAACUACAUGGACAUCAAGCCGCUGCUCGACCUCACCUGCGCGACCGUGGCGUCCAUGAUCAAGGGCAAGACGGCGGAAGAGAUCCGCAAAACGUUCAACAUCGUCAACGACUUCACCCCCGAGGAGGAGGCACAGGUCCGCGAGGAGAACAAGUGGUGUGAGGAUGCAUGAGCGUACGUCUUGGGUCGUACGCUCGUUCGUUCGUUCGUGUCGUGACAGACAGGAGGCAGGCUAGUGCCACCGCCGGGGUUCGGAUUGGGUUGAUGAUGAUGAUGAUAGUGAGGUCGGCGUGUGAUAGGUGUGUUCGUAGCGUGGCGGGUCUAUGGCUUUCCUGUAUGCGGCGGGGAGAGGGGUCCCUGAAGACUACUGAGUGAAUGAUGAGCCGACGGGGGGUGGGGUUGUACUACUCUCUCUAUCUAUCUCUUCUCUCUCUCUCUCUCUCUCUCUCUCUCCUUUCUCCUUCUCUCGUUCUCCUUUGGCGUUGGCUUGGGUGUUGGUGUGGCGCUUGGGCUGGCCCCGCGUUCGAAGCAAAGCCAACCCAUUGUCCCCACUCUCCUGUUCGCAAAACGGCGGCAUCUCUUGUGUGACACGGCGGCCGCUACAAAUGUAGAGACCUCGUUGGCAUGGACACUUUCUCCACCUGGUUUCACGCCGCGUUGUUGCCUACGGCGGGGGGUUAUGGAGGGGGGCGCCUGGGCCUUUUUCCUUUUCGCUACGUAGAAGCACCCUUCGUCUCUCUGGCUUGGGAGGACCUGGUCUAGCAGGCGAUCCGUUCGCUCAGGUUAACGCCCGCGCACGUUGCUGCUGUUGGUUGUAGGUUCUUCCUUCUUUUUUCUUUCUUCUCCUAUUCUUGUUUUCGGUUGGUUACGGAAUGCUUCGAAAAUUCACCAUGCUGUUUCUCAUGGACAGCAGUAGUCACACUCCGCGUGUUGCUGUGCUUGUAGAGGCUCAUGGGGUAGGCUGGAGCUGUGGCGUAAGGCAGUGUUUAGUUUUCGGCCGGCAAGGGGGGAGGGGGGCGGGGGUCAGUCGUCCCCUGGUUUCUCUAGCCCUCCGCAUGCUGCAGCAAGCAAGUUCGGUAGGAUCUGUGCGAGCAGAAGUGAGUGGCCCACAGACGUUUCACACGAGUUCUCCCGUGUGUUGUGCCGAAGGGAGCCUGUCGAAACCACCGCCGAGGAAGAUAGCAAGAUUGAUCUUGUUCAUUUUUUGGCCAGGGGGGCGUGCGGAUGAGGGAGCUUAGAGAGAACUCUCUCUUGGUACCUGCUGUGAAGACGCAUGCGUGUGUAGUUCUACAUUGGCGCACUUUCCAGCAGACCAACCGUCGGUUGGCGAGGUCGACGCGUAGUAUGGCUAGAAUUCGUGAUAGUGUAGGGGGGACGGUGGGCGUGUCAAUAAUUUAUGUGGUCGGCGAUGCCGAAUGGAUGGAAUAGUGGUCGUGUACAAGGUGGUACGUGUUUCAAGAUAGGAAGAUGGGGGAAGGACCAAAACAAAUGAUCUGAAAAUAGA